GGGGGCACACACGGGGGCGGGGAGGGGGGCCCAGGCCGCCAGGCAGAGCGCCGCGAGAGCAGGGAGGGGGGGGGGCGGGCGCGGGGCAACACGGACGGGCAACGCCCGCCAAAGAGGGGCGAGGGGGGGGAGAGCGGGAGACGGGCGAGGCCACGCCAGGACCGGGAAAGGCGGCGGACGAAGCCACGCCGGCGGGGCCCGGGCGGGGGGGGGGGGAGCAGGGGCAGGCGGAAAGACCCAGCCACGGGGCAGCGGCAAGGCCCGGGCGGAGGGAAGGAGGGGGGCACGCAAAAGCGCACGAGACAGGGCCCCAGGCAGGCGGGCCGGGACACGGAGCAGGCGGCCGGGGCCCGGGGCAGAAAAACAGCCCCAAAGCAGGAGGGGGCCACCCCCAGGGGGCACAGGAGGGAGGGGGGGCGGGGGAGGCAACGCAGCAGGCGGGCGCCGCCAAACACGGCGAGGGGAGGGGGGACCAAAAAGGGCGAGGGGGGGGGCAGCGGACCAGAGGACAGGCGCCCAAGCCGCGGCGGGAGCAGCGAAAGGCGCGCGAGCAAACGGCAGACGGGCCGGGACAGGGACGGGCGGAAGCAGGGGGACACGGCGGGCACGGCAGGAGGGGAGGCCCGGGCGGCGGAGGGGGGGACGGAGGGGAGCCGGGGGGACGGGGGGCCCAGCGCGCGGCAGGGCAGGGACGAGGGCCCCCCGGGGGGGGCGGGGAGGGGGGCGCACCGGGCGGGGGAGCAGGGGGACCCCACGGGGGGAGAGCGGGCGGGGAGCCCCAGAGCGAGGGAGAGGAGCAGGGGGCGGGGAGGGCGGCCAGGGGCGAAGAAGGGCGCCCACAGGGGAGGGCGGCACACCAAGCGGCGGACCGAGGGCAGAG